AUGGCGGAUGAGCUGGUGGAAGCCGCGCAUCUGGGGAAUGUCGAGAAGCUCAAGGACUUCUUCAAAAAAGGCAUGGAUGCCACUUCAACUCGCGUGCAGCAUGCUUGCGUCAUGGCUGCGGCAAACAAGCAGGAGUCGGCGGUGCAGGUGUUCCUGGAGCGCGGCGUGCCCCUCACCUGUUCGGACCGUGAGGGAAAGAAAUUGAUCCACACCUGUGUGAGAAAUGACAUGCCCAAGAGCAUCGCACUGUUGGUGACCAUGAAAGCCGACGUCACCAAACCUGAUAGCGAUGGUGCACUUCCCAUUUCCUUAGCCAUCAAGAACAAGUUCCGCCAGUGCAUCAAGGAAUUGCUGAUUGGCGGCGCAAGCGUGCCACACAAUGCAGAGAUGCCUGGCCUGGCGAACAUCGUUCUGGAGGUGCAGCUGCAGCAGUGCGCCAAUGAGAUCCGCCCGUUGGCCAAGUCUGAGGUGAAAAACGCCGAGAUUUUAGAGGCUGAACGUGCGGUCCUUGAUGGCAUGAAGGAGCACAAGCGCCUUUUGAAGCUCAAUGAGGACAGCCGAGCAGCCAAGAGUCUGGUGGAGCUGGAGGAACGUUUGGACUCCGCCACCGACGCACUGGGAGAGGCUCAGCAGACCUCUGCCGCCUUGGUCGAGGAGUUGAGCCAGCGUCGGAUCGAGGUCCGGAACGCGGAGACCGAGCUGAGCAAGCUACGGAAGGAGAUGAGCUCGGUCUUGGACAAUUUCAACGAGUUGAAGGAAGAGGAUGCCAAGUUGAAAGUGGAGAUUGAAGAGAGCAAUCGUCAACUGAAAGAGGCGGCCUGGGAAGUCCAAGGCUUUGUGAAGGCCUGUACGAGAUGUGGCAAGUUCAUUGCCGACAACACGUCAGUCUCAUCACAGCAGGUGGGGUCAUUGGAACUGAACUCAUCCCAAGAGUUGCCUAGCACUGCCACUCCACCGACGGAACCGCAGUUGUAUGAAGUGACACCACCCAAUCAUCCUCCUGGAGACAAGCGGCUCCGGGAUGCUGAUGUGGAAGUAACCUUGGCUUCUCCACAGGCGCCCAAGACCCUUGCUGCCGCAACUGCUGCUGACCCUGAGCCCGCUUUCAAUGCAACAGUGUUUGAAGACGAUGGACGCCCUCUCAUGUUGAAACGUCGCAGGUGCAACCGGACGAACCGACCAAAGGAUGAAAAAGUGCCAGGAAUUGCCAAUCACAUCCGUUUCAAAAGCAGCUGGUGCUACGCUGAGGAGGAGGAGGAUGUGCGUGUUCAUAGCCGUGCACCCGGCGCCGGCAGUGGCUCUGAUGCAGGCCAAGAGUCAGGCGACGACGAUGAUGAUGCGCCGGCUGAGCCUGCAAAGAAUCGCCAGAAAAAGAACAGGCCGCAGACGAGGGCUGAGAUGAAUCAACUUCGGGAGCAACAUGCAAACAGUAUGGAACUAGUGAGAAGCCUGCUCCAUGACCGUGACUUGCAAACCAGCUUGCGCAUGGUUUAUGAAGCCUGCGUUCCGUACAUGAUGUAG